AUGCCACCACUCGAAACAUUUCCAAAUUUAACUCUCGUUUGCGUAAAGAGUUUUUCAAAUUUUUUUAACAAAAAAUUGUGUUGUCACAAUAAAAUAUUAAACCAAAUGGAAAACAACAGACAACAAAACCCUCUUGAAACUCCCACACUUCGUCGUGCUGCAGAGGAUGAUGAUGAAGUAAUGAUAAUGCAAGAGUUGGAAGAUGAGCAAUUACUUUUGAUAAACA